CCGCACAAACAAGAAUGCCCCCAUAAAGAAGAAGACGCAUGCGUUGCCAGUAUUUCGGAGUAGGUGUUCACCAAAAGCAUUGGUUAAACUAAAUGCAUCGUUAAACAAAGAUCAAAGAACUGCUGUUGAAAUAGUUGGUUUCGGAUCGAUGCUGACUCUACAAUGUGAAAUUCUGAAACGUGAAUUCAUAUCAAAAUUGGUUCACCACUUCAACCAGAUGAACAAGACCUUAGAAUUUGGGAGGAUGAAAGUUUAUUCAAUCAUGCCAGCUGAUGUUGGAAAGGCAUUAGGGCUACCCCUAGGAACCGUACCAGUUCCGACUACUUGUGAAAAUUUCCACUUUGAACACAUUCGGGCCAUGUUUGCUGCAGGGGAUGAACAAUUGAAGAGAGGGGUAACCUUUGGAAUGAUGAAGGAAGUUUUUAAGUCGGGGGUAGCAGAUGCGAAGUUCCAGACGUCGUAUGUCCUGUUUGUCUUGUCUUCUUUAUUGUGUCCAACGACAAAGGAUGUGGCCUCCACCAAGUUCUAUCUGACAGUGUAUGAUUUAACCAAUAUUUCGUCAUAUGUAUGGCCACAGUUUGUGUUGGAUUGGUUGGUCAAGGAAAUAACGAUGUUUAAGAAGAGAGAUGUGAAGGAGGUUGAUAAUAGAAAGGAUGCCCCUGGCGUUUCUGGUUGUGUGUUGCUCUUAAUGCUUAUAUACUUUGACAAAGAGGAGAUGGGAAUGAAUGUUGGUAAUGUUGGUGUUCUGUUGAUUCAGUCUUGGACGACGAAUCUUAUAAUGGAACGAAUUGCCAAGGAGGAGAAUUUGGAGUUGGUAGAUCUCAUUUCCGGCCAAUUGCCUCAGCCUCGUUUAUUGCAUCCGGAGGCGAAAAAGGCUUAUCACACUCUGCAGAAAUCAUUUCUUGAACAAAUGCAAUGCAUCAUCAUCAUGGACGCUGCCUUGAUGGGUCAUGUUUCUGAAACAACAACCGAAAAAAUUCCCUCAAAAGAAACCGAUGUCAGGGAGAUGGACAGUCCUUUGGAUGAUGAUGCUUGUCACGAAAUUCCGUCAAGUUUCACAUCUACUCCUAAAAUGGCAGGGAAAGGGGUUGCCGCAUAUGAAAUGGAUGAGGAUAGGAUAUCCGAUUUUGAAAAUGUUUAA